AUGCCUGCUGAGGACGUCGCAGCAGAGACCAAGGAAGCAGCCACGAUAGAUGCUGUUUCCAAAACAUAUGUGGAGAGUUCUCAAGUUUCGUCACUUGAGGAGAUGGACGUGAUAUUGCCUCCGGAGCAGUCGGCGGUUGUGGAGUCUAUUCCACAGGAGUGUACAUCAUCCAUGCCGCAAGAGGACGAAAAGAUGGAUGUGAUGUCGACUACAAAGCAGUCGGUCGUAGAGUCAGUUAGCAGUCUGUGGUCGAGUCUAGUUGCACAUGAAUGUACAUCGUCCAUGCCGCAAGUGGCCGAAGAGAAGGGCACCAUUAUAGAAGAACAGGUGAAGGAGAAUGAGCUCGCCACACGUGGACGAGUUUCGUCGUGGAUCGCCGCCUAUGUGCCCAAGUCAUUGCUUGGAUUUUUCCAGCGUCGAUGCAUGAAGAAGACCAACUUGGUGGUACUUUGUCUAGCACUGCUGCUGCCAAUGGCGCUUGCCCGCCGAUAG